AUGGCUGUGGCAUUGACUUCCCAACGCUCCUUCUUCAAGGAUGUGCAACAUCUCUACCGGACCAUCGACUCGUCGACAGACGGUCAGGCUACAAUUGAAACGAUAAAUGACAUGUCAGUGCGCAUUUCCCUUUGUCCCAAAACUGGUUGCAACGCACAUGCCACCUUCUACAUGACGAUAACAUGUUCCUCAAGCUAUCCAUUGAAGCCUCCUGAAGUAACAUUUGAUACCCCCAUUUUCCAUCCCAAUAUAAGUGUCUAUACUGGGAGCGUUUGCCUUAGUAUUUUAACGGAGUGGCGAACAUGCUACGGAUUGUUGGACUUGGUGAAGGCUAUUCUUUACGUGAUUGAUCAUCCUCAAUUUUUUAAAGGAGGGGUAGAAAAGGAGGUUGUAGUAACGAAAUCAGCUCUACUGUUGGCUGGCUUGCCAGUAGAUGGGAAGAGUUACACACCGAACACAACGUGGUGCGAUUGGGCUCGAGAAAACGACUGCCUUCCCACUGCUGACGAUGUGAAGGAAGGGUACAUAUGGACACCGCCCAAAGAAGAGAUUCACGAAGGCCCUGAUAUUCUCGAAGACAAGGAAAGUGGUGAAAAGGAGGCCAACGAUGUAGCUCUGUCAGAAGUAUGGUCAGAAGCAUCUUCGGAUACCAUACCCUCAUUUGCGAAAUUUCGUAAUCCAAUUGCCGAUGACGAUGUUUCCUACGGGCGCAGUGAUAAUGCCUCACAGUAUUUUCCACCAUAUUUUCCCUUCGAAUUGGGAAUGCAUAGAAUUGAACUAUGGCAGCCAACUCCCACAGGUUCUCCAGAGCAGAAGUCAAUGUUUUACUAUUGUGAAGUCUUGUGUGACCGGCGGCAUUUUGAAGAAAUCGGAUUAAAAUAUUUGGACAAUUUCAAAGGAAGCUUGCCUUUCGAUUUGCAAGUUGAUCCAGAGAUUAGGCAACGGUCAAGGAUAUUUGAAUGGAAGCCGUACUGUGAAGUUGCAGACAGUUGUGAAAGUAUAUGUUCCAACUCCCAGAGUGAAUAUCACCUAACAGGGCUAUUUCAGGAACCGACAACUCCAAGGAGUCUAACUGCCGACUUCUGUCCUUGGUCGAAGGCAGACGGUGUAGGUGCAGAUUAUCUGUUUGAUAGACUGUUUUCCAUAGAGCAAAGAAUAGAAGAAAACUUUGCACCCUUUUCUGAGAACUACUCCGAGGGGAAUAUUAGCAGUGGUAACGCAUUAGUUGAAUUGAUCAACACUGAAAACGUGUACGAAGGGGUGUGUGAGGUGGCGAAUUGUGUUAAAGAGAGUAAUGAUGAUGAGUGUGAAAUUACCUCGGUUUCAACGGGUUAUGACAACGAAGAUCAAGGUGAAGGCGAUUUAUUCUUUCUUUUGUUUGAAUGUGGCCCUUCCAUGAAGCAGUGCAAUUAUUGCAAUGGGUUAACACAGUUAAUUUUUGACUUCGUGAAUCAAGAUGUAUAUGCCAAUUGGAAGUGUGUAUUUUUGCAAACGAGGUGGCCAAUUCGAUUCGCACCACAACAAUCAGUGGAGUUGACUACAGUUCAUAUCCAUGUGCCUCCAUGGCGAGCUAGUGCAGGUCGUCUGCUUCACGAUGUGUGCAACUACUGCACACGGAAUCCCCAUCUUGAAAACCUCGUACUCUUGGAUCCCAUGUCACUAUCUCCACUGUCCCCACUGCUAAAUCUGAUGAAGCGGAGUGCGAGCAAAAGCGGACAAAUGACUGGAGUCCUAUGGAUGAGCCCUCUUCAAGCUCUCUCCCCCUUUUAUCAAGUGCCCAUUUCAACGAGUAAUUGUCCAUCAACCAGUACUCUACGCUACCUCACUGUGAGUGCUUUUGCAACCAACUGGGUGUCGUGGCUAUCACGAGUGGAAGUCUAUUCUUCGCUUGGAUUCUCACGUCCCCUACCGAAGUACGUGGCUGAUUCGGUGGCAGCUCAUUUUCUCCAGCCUUUUAGUCUGGGUAAUGUAGGAACUCCAAUACUCGAUCUUUACCCACUGUGGUUGCUUCGGAGUAUUCUAAAGUGGUCUCUUCAGCUGCCCACGCUCCUUUCCUGCCUACUCCAGUCCUGCAGAACGAGUGGAAACCCCUCUACCAUUCGCAUUCACACAUUCUUUCCUUUCACAGAUGUAGAUGAAAUUUAG